AAAAGUCGUUUGAUUUCAUCCGCCUUUCUUUAACCAACCUAAGCAUGAGCUUUCGAAAAUAUGCGUUAAUUACUGGUUCUAACAGCGGUUUAGGAUUUGGUAUCGCCGCUCGUUUAUUAGAAUUCUAUAAACCUAGAAUAGAAGAUGAACCAGAAACGUUUACCAUCGUUUUAACGUGCAGGAGUCGUGCAAAAGCUGAAGAUGCCUGUAAACGAUUAAAGGAGUUAUUUCCGGAAAGGAAAAUUAGGCUGGAAUACGUUCUUUUGGACUUGUCAGAUAUGGAAUCGGUUGAAGCGGCUGCCUUAGAAAUCAAAAGUCGGUACCCUAAAUUGGACUACGUUUAUCUUAAUGCAGGAACAUGGGAUUUACAAGGUAUUCAUUGGAUACAAGCUAUAUUCGCUACACUAAUGAAUCCUGUGAAGGCACUUACUUAUCCAACUUACUACAAGGAAGCUAUGGGACGAACAAGCAAGGAUUCCAUGGGCUAUAUUUUUCAAAGUAAUGUAUUUGGCCAUUAUUAUCUUAAAACACGUCUUAAUGAACUUCGUGUUCUGGGAUCUUCUACCAAAAUAGUUUUAACUGGAAGUCUUGUUGCUAAAAAAGAAUCUCUUAACUUUGACGAUAUACAAUGCCUUCACGGCGAAAGACCCUAUCAGUCGUCGAAGCGUUUAUUAGACAUUUUGCAUUUUGCUGAAAUUGAAAGUGGUCUACCGUACCAGCAAUAUGUCGUUCACCCAGGAUUGUGCACAACUAAUAUGUAUGAAACUUUUCUUGGUUUUAUUGUGGUCUUUGCCAAGCUCGCUUUCUGGUUCUGUCGUUUGUUGGGUAGUCCGUGGCAUACCGUUUCUCCUUACAUAGCAGCUUUUUCUUACCUAUGGAUAGCUAUUCAUUCUCACAAAGAAGACGAAAAUAUAAAAUGGGGAAGUGCCACUACUAUGUUUGGGAAGGAAAAGAUUCUUCCUACGUCCGUUGAAUUAGUACUUCCUUCCGAUAAAGAAAAAUGCAUGACUUAUAUGCAAAACUUAUACCGAGAAUGGAAGCAUAAACUCAAUGUGCGGUGAUUUUCUUCAUCUCAUAUGCUAGAUACACUUUAUGAACAGAUAUAUUUGGAAUAUCACUGAAAGCUUUCCUCUCAUUAUUAUUACUCAUAACUUUUAAGCCACAUAAAUUCAAGAUUGACUUCCGCUUUAAUAAUGUUAUAUAAACUUGAGGAUCCUCUAUAGACAGAGAACGGCAUAUCAAAAAUUCAUUCAUAGGCCAAUUUAUUUCUUUUUUUAAUGAUUUUGUAAAAAAACAAUAAAAAGAGCUUAUAAGGAUUGAAAACAUUCUUUUCGC